CUCUCAGCACCCGCAGGUGUCUUCGACCAAUCGGAGGACGCGGCUGCUGGAAUCAGCCAAUCAGGAGGCAGCGCCGCGGAGUUUUUCCGCUUUCCUGAACUUCUUGACAGACUUCAGAUUGAGACAAUUCAAGAUGGCUGCUUCAGGUUCUGAGUGAAGGGCUUCUCCGGACCCCACCUGUGCAUGCAACUCUCCUGAGUUUGCAGAGUUUGAGUGCCGCCCCCCACCCCCUCCCCAGCUCCUCCUGCCUCUCAUCAUGUCCUCCACCUCCUCUUCGUACUCCUCCUCGGGGGAGACCAGUCCGGAGGAUGUGCCUCGGGGCGGGGGUACCAUCCGAGUCUACCUCCCCAACAAGCAGAGGACAGUGGUCAACGUCCGCCAAGGUCAGACUGUGUACGAGAGUCUGGAUAAAGCGCUCAAAGUGCGAGGCCUCAGCCAGGACUGCUGCGCCGUGUUCCGCCUCCUGGAAGGUCGUAAGAGACUGACUGACUGGAACACAGACAUCACUCCUUUGGUCGGAGAGGAGCUGCUAGUGGAGGUUCUGGAUGACAUUCCUCUCACCAUGCACAACUUUGUACGGAAAACUUUUUUCAAACUGGCCUACUGUGAUUUUUGCCACAAGUUUCUUUUUAACGGCUUCAGAUGUCAGACAUGUGGCUACAAGUUUCACCAGCACUGCAGCAGCAAGGUCCCCACCGUGUGUCUGGACAUGGACACGGUGAGCAAGCGGUGUGACUCCAACUCCUGCACAGAGGACUUUCCUGUGAUAGUACUGCCAGAAAGUUCUCCCUCUCAGAGAAAUAUAGCCUUAACCCCAGAGCCUUCUGGAAUGGACCUCCUGUCUCCACCCUCCACCUUCCACUUUCCCGUAUCAGGAGGAGAAGGUCAGUCUCUGCAGAGGCACCGCUCCACAUCCACCCCCAACGUCCACAUGGUCAGCACGGUGGACCCCGCCAGUGUCAGCAUCAUCGAGGAAGCACUGAAGUUCAACACAAUAGGUCCUGAGCCCUCACCCAAACCCUCCACCAGUCCGCCCUCUUUUCUUGGCUCUCCCGGGAAAAAGCCGCCCAAAUCCCCCUCCGAACACAAAGAGCGCAAACCCUCCUCGUCUGAUGACAAGAAGAAGGUGCAUCGAGGCAACAGAGACUCCAGUUACUACUGGGAGGUCCACUCUCGAGAAGUCCAGAUCCAGAAGAGGAUAGGUACCGGCUCCUUCGGGACGGUCUACAAGGGAAAGUGGCACGGGGACGUGGCCAUCAAGAUCCUGAAGGUGAAGGAGCCGACCCCCGAGCAGCUGCAGGCCUUCAAAAAUGAAAUGCAGGUCCUACGGAAAACUCGCCAUGUCAACAUCCUGCUGUUCAUGGGAUACAUGACCAAGCCCAACUUCGCCAUCAUCACGCAGUGGUGUGAAGGCAGCAGCCUGUACCGCCACCUGCACGUGUCGGAAACCAAGUUUGACACCAUGAGGCGCAUUGAUGUGGCCCGACAGACGGCGCAGGGCAUGGAUUAUCUUCACGCCAAGAACAUAAUUCAUCGAGACCUGAAGUCAAACAACAUUUUUCUCCAUGAGGGCUGGACCGUUAAAAUAGGAGACUUUGGUUUGGCCACGGUGAAGUCUCGAUGGAGCGGCUCUCAGCAGGUGGAGCAGCCCAGUGGAUCCAUUCUGUGGAUGGCUCCCGAGGUGAUCCGAAUGCAGGACAACCCGUACACGUUCCAGUCGGACGUGUAUGGGUACGGAGUGGUGCUGUUCGAGCUCAUGUCAGGAACGCUGCCUUACGCAAACAUCAACAACAGAGACCAGAUCAUCUUCAUGGUGGGACGCGGGUACUUGUCUCCAGACCUCAGUAAGCUCUACAGCACAUCGCCCAAGUCCAUGAAAAGGCUCAUCGUCGACUGCUUGAAGUUCAAGAGAGAUGAGAGGCCUCUGUUUCCUCAGAUCCUGGUCUCCAUCGAGCAGGUGCAGGACCUGUUGCCAAAAAUCGAGCGCAGCCGCUCAGAACCUUCGCUCCACCGGGCCGUCCACGCUGAAGACCUGAACCCCCUCCUGUUCCAGACCACCAGACUCAUGCCCCUUUAACCCCUCCCUGUGGCACCGGUCCCCGGGCUGCCUCCAGGUCCAGAACUGCUGCAGUCCUGUGCCUGCAAGGCCCAGUUAGCCGUCAGGACUCCCCUACACCGGAGUGCACCCCUCCUAUUUUUUUAUUUUCUUAAUUUUUUUUUGUUUUGUGUGUUUGCGGGAGGAGCAGAACAACGAAACCUCGUCUUAUCAGACUGUGAGCAAAGAUCUGCCCAGCAGGCUCAGGUCGGGCUGUGAGGAUCACGCAUGCUCCACAGAAGUUUGAAGCUUUGAGGUCACAGCCAGAACACCACAAACCCUCUGUGUUCUGACCUCCAGUGUUCUUCAGCGGACGCCCGAGCUCCAGCUGAGACAACUAUGCAAAAGUUCCCUCAACAGUUUUUGAAAAUACUAGAGAACAAAAUGGGUACAGAGCUCCUCCUGUGAAUGGAUGAGGUCCGACUUCUCCACCUUCAUCUGGAGGCCGGCUUUCCGGGGUGGUGGUGGGGGGCAGCUGAGGGUUUCAACAUGGAUACCUCAGAGGUGAUGACAGUUGCUGUCCAAACGGUUGAACGUUCAGCUCUGAGGUGACGGAGGUGUUGGUGCUGCGCUUCAUCAGAACUCUGGAGGCUCGUUUGCUGUGAUGGUGCACACCGCCUGAGCCACUUAGUCUUAAAACAAAAAAAAUGGGUUUGUUUUGGUGGAUUUCAGGCGGCAUGUCGGGUGCGUUCUGCUCGGGUUUGCUCUGCGAGUUCUGCAGUUCCCAGGACUAACCUGACAGGUUGGUGUUUUAGUUUUUCCCUCUGCGUGGAGCUUCAGGCUCCGCCUUGUGCUGCGCACGACCCUCCCCAGUGGAGAAGUGUUCAGCCGGGACGCUGUCUGCAGGAGCUCUCCCUGCUUCCCCAGACAGUGUCUCGGAUGCAGCGUGGAACCAGCAGCUCCUUUAUUUCUGCUCAGAGGAACAGUAGCAGCUCUAAGCAGGGCUUCAUUCAGCUGUGCUGGACCUGCAGUCCUGCCAGUUCACCUGCGCACUCACGCAGACGCGUGAGACACGUGCAUGCGCCUGCAGAGGGGCAGCAGGUCGGCGCCAAGGUGUGAGUUCAGGACGACACAAAAGCAGCAUCACUUAACUCUGCGAGGGGCUGGACUCCCCGACAAACUCUUCGGUUCAUUCCAGGUCUGUGGGGUUGUGUUUGGGUGGGGUGGGGGUUACGGUCAGGACAAACUGUGCGUUUAUUUAUUGAUUGUAGAUGCUGCGCCGCGCGGCGCUGUCGUGCGUUUCUUAAAUGUUCUUAAAGGCACGGUACGUCUGCUCCUCCACGGCGCCCGCCACACGGUUUCACUACAAAGCUCUUGUUUGCAGCAACACUUGAGAAAACUGUAGAGUAUUAUGUGGGGGGGUGGGGGGUGAAACAGCUGUAGGAAGUUCGUCUGACCCUCUCGGCAUCAUGGACGGUUAGUUACUUAGGAAGUCUGGUUCAGGAUCAGGAGGUUUGUCACGUCUCCAGAGCCUCACUGUCAGGCCCUGCUGAGGCUGCAGCACACCCAGAGGCCUGCAGGGGGAGCCGACCUUCACAGCUGUUCCGCAAACCAGUUUCUUUUGUCUUUUCAUAUCUGUAGGUGAAUUGCAAUACUUGUGUGUAGGUCUGCGGUGUCAGGGGUGUUCAGUUUGCAAUAAAUGGUAUAUUCUGCUGUGUACAGUUACAUUUUGUUUUUUAAUUCAAAAAAAUUGUACUUAUUUCUAUUUUUGUGAGACGUUUCACAAAGAACAAAUAAUUUUAAAGGAAAUCUUAGUACUUUUGUCUUAAAAUAUUGAAGCAGGAUUUAUUCUUGAGAUAAAUAAAAUGGAUCUGUCUUACUAA